AGCGGGCUGGCGAGACGUCGCUGGCAUUGAGCGCUGAGCUUAGCCGGCCUUGGAGAGCAAUUGUUCCCGGUGCGGGUCCUUGCGGGGAGUAUCCCUGAGGAGAUAUUCCAAACAACACUUUGCAAAACAGAUCACCUGAAGGUUAGGAUGGCGACAGUAUUAGUAAGUGCUCAUUCCCCAGCUCCCCUGAAUCUGAAGAAAGAAGGGCUUCCGGCAGUCAAGGAAGACCACUCCUCCACUUGGGAGCAGAGAUUCAAAUUGCAAAGAAACAGCACAGGUCUUGGACAGGAGCAGUUGCGCAAACGAUUCAGACAGUUGUGCUACGAAGAGACCACAGGACCCCUAGAAGCACUGAACCAGCUCCGGGAGCUCUGCCAUCAGUGGCUGCGGCCGGACAUCCACACCAAGGAGGAGAUCCUGGAGCUGCUGGUGCUGGAGCAGUUCCUGACCAUCCUGCCCGAGGAGCUGCAGGCCCAUGUGUGGGAGCACUACCCAGAGAGCGGGGAGGACGUGGUGGCUGUGCUGGAGGAUCUAGAGCCAGAGCUUGAAGAAAUGGAACAAGAGGACUCAGACCAGGCAGAGAAACAAAAAGGGCUCAUGGAGGAGAUGGAGCCCUUUAAAACAGGGCAGGAGCAGCGGGUCCAGCCCAGGGGUGAAGUUUUGAAGCCUGACAGUGAGAAGGAUGAGGAGACUGAGAAUGAGAAGCGGGUCACUGAGACAGACUCUUGCAGAGGAGCGCAGUCAUCUGUGGACAGAUCUGAACCUGCGGAGACUCAUUAUGAGGACUCUGACUGGGAAAGUCAGCAGGCGAAGCCCCAGGAGAAGAUUGACUAUAUAUGCUCAGAAUGUGGGGAGGGAUUUGCUCAGUACUCAGACCUGAUUAAACAUGAGGGUGUGCACUUGGGAGAAAAGCUCUGUGAGUCCGCAGUGUGUCAGGGUUCUAGUCCUACUGAACAGCAGAAAAUCCAGUCUAAAGAAAAAGGUCAUCAGUGUCUUGAGUGUGGGAAAGCCUUCCAGAGGAGCUCCCACCUUAUCAGACAUCAGAAAACCCACCUUGGUCAGAAGCCAUAUCAGUGUAGUGAGUGUGGGAAAGUCUUCAGUCAGAAUGCUGGCCUUUUUGAACAUCUCAGAAUCCAUACUGGAGAGAAGCCUUAUCUGUGUAUCCAUUGUGGAAAGAAUUUUAGGCGCAGCUCUCACCUUAAUCGCCAUCAGAGAGUUCACAGUCAGCAGGAGUCCUGUGAGUGCAAGGAGUGUGGAAAAACUUUUAGUCAGGCCCUGCUCCUUACCCAUCAUCAGAGAAUCCACAGUCACUCAAAAAGUCAUCAGUGUAACGAAUGUGGGAGAGUCUUCAGUUUGACCUCAGACCUGAUUCGACAUCAUAGGAUUCACACUGGAGAAAAACCGUUCAAGUGUAAUGUAUGCCAGAAAUCCUUCCGAUUAAACUCACACCUUGCUCAACAUGUGAGAAUCCACAAUGAAGAAAGACCCUAUGAGUGUCAUAAGUGUGGAGAAGCCUUCAGGCAGAGGGCAGGUCUUUUUCAGCAUCAGAGGUGCCACCACAAAGAUAAGCUGGCUUGAUCAGCUAUCACCUCCUAAGGAAGAUCAGAGGCAGAUAUGAUGACAACCAGACCUCACUUUGAGAAAUGCCUCUGGCCAGCUCUGGCAUCAGAAUUCUUAGGGGCCAAGUUGGAGGCUGCCUGCCUUCCAUUUCCCCUCAUUUUAAUUUCCUCACAUUCGUUUUUCUUGAAAUUAGCUUUGGACCACAAUAGUUUGACCAUAGUAUGAUAGGUACUGGGGAGUUAGCUACCCAGAAUUCUUUACUGCAGGACUUCUCAGAGCCUUUUACAUGAUAAAUGAGUAUUAUGAAUCUUCAAGUAAGGGAGCACCCAGGACCUACCAAGAGUUUUAAAGUCAGCAGUGAAUGAAAGUAUCCGCAGAUUUACAGGCUUAAGCAAAAUGGGCAGAUUGGUAUUUUUGCAAAUGCUAUAGCAGCAGACUUGUAUAUAAUAGAACUUUCUGUAAAACAACACUGUCAAAAUUGACUUCAAGAACAGGCUCAUCAUCGAGAACAUCUUCUACUGUUAAUACCCCUUACCCCCCUCCCCUGCCUUCCCAAUCCCUAGUGAUUGAAAGCAUUUAACAAAGUAAAGUUUUAUUUUGCUGGUUAACUAUAGAACUUGCCCUAAGGAUUACUUUCAUGUAAUUUUACCAUUUCCAGGACCCAUUCCUCUCCACAAAUCAAGGUUUUGCUUACACUAUGGAAGAGAUUCCACAGGUCAUGUAAAUGAGCCGUGCCAAGGUAAUCAACCUAUCUUACUAGAUAACCCAGUUCCAGUAGACCGGCUGGCAUGAUUCAAUAAAUGUCUGGUAGAAUAAAUUGGGCUUUCCCCCCCUUAAUAUUAUUAAGCUGAAAUUUUAAAACGUUAAUUGUUCUGAAAUGCUUUGAAUGCAAACAACAGAGACAACUUGAAAUCAUGACCUUUAUAUUGUGAGUACCAAAAUAUCAUAGUAAUAAUGUUGAAUACUACAAUUAGAAGACUCCGCUCUCAAACAUCACCAGGAUGAUAAAUAUAAUUUAUUGAUUAGUAGUUGCUGUACAGAGUACUGCUGCCCAGAGAAGACUUCUCAUGGGUGUGGACAGAUAGGUAAACCCAAGAUAAUGGUUAGAACUAGGCUUCGCUGCAUGUGAUAAUGAAAAAAUAGUAGUGACUUAAUAAAGUAAAAGUGUAUUUUUGUCUCAAGAAAAGGCCACAUGUGCACAAUCUAGUCUGGCCAGGGGGCUCCAUGGCAUUGUGAGAGACCUGUGCGCCUGUCCUAUCCCCCUCCACCGUCCCUGUGCACCGGCCACCCCCGGGGGUCUCAGUGACUGCUGAAGCUCCAGCUGCCACAUACCGAAGUGGACCAAGAGAAAUUCCUCUUAGUUGAGGAGCUGCCCCAUAAAUCAUCUUAGCAUGUAUAUCAUUGGUCACAACUUAGGAAAAGGCUAGAAAACCAUAUCUAAUUCUGGUCACAGAGUGUCCAGCUAAAAAUAGGAUUUCUGUAAUUAAGGACAAAAGGGAAAAUGGACAUUGGAAUAGGCAUUUAGUAGUUUUGAUCCUAUUGCAUAUCCCUCCCUGCUAAAUGAUAUAAGCAGAAGCAGCAGUUAAUACUAUUUUCUGGAAAGUGAUGAAAUCUCUAAGAGAAACAACAGCCUUUUGAAAGACUACAGUUCAUGGUAAGUCAGUCAUAUUUCAUUGUUUAGGAAGCUGUAGAACCAUUGCAUCAUUUAUAUAUUCUGCCUUUAUGAGUAAAACUAAGUUGAUGUCAGGAGUUUGAAGACUGUGCUGGGGUCAGUAUGUAAACAUUUAGCUCCAUGUCAUGGUUUAACUCCACUUAAUACUGUUCAAUUUAAGAAGGAAAGUAUAUACAAUUUAAGAAGGAAAGUAGAAUAUCUUUAAAAAGCAAUGGACAAAAAAAAUCAUUUGAUUUGUUUUUCAACUCUCUUUCUUAAAAAAAAACCUUAAAUAAAAUUGAAAUAGAAGGCAAAUUCUUCAGCAUGAUUCUGGACAUAAAUGAAAAGCCCACAGCCAACAUUAUGUUUAAUGGAGAAAGACAGCACUUUCUUUUGAAAUCAGGAACAAGACAAGGGUGCCCACUCGCACCACUUCUGUUCAAAAUUGUAUUAGAAGUCCCAGACAGAACAGAAAGACAAAAGCUUUCCAGGUUGGGAAAGAAGUAAAAUUAUAUCUAUUCAUGGAUUAUAUGACUUUGUCUAUAGAUAAUGUCGAAGAGUCCACAAGAAAACAUCUAGAGCUAGUAGAGGGAUUCAGCAAAGUUUCAGGGUACAAAGCCAACAAACAAAAAUCAGAUUUUUAUACACCGCCACGAGAAAUCUAAAUUACAGAAACAGUUCCAUUUGUAAUAGCAUCUAAGAGAAUAAGAUGCCUGUGAAUAAAUUAACCAGGGAUAUGAAAGACUUAAGCAAUAAACUAAAACACUGAUGAGUGAAAUUAAAGGAGACUUAAUUGGAAAAACCCUGUAUGUACAUGGAUUGAAAGACUAAAUAUUUUUAGGUUGGCAGUGCUACCCAAAUCUGCAAUCUGAUCAAAAUUCUAACAACCUUUACAGAAAUCCUCAACUUUAUAUGGCAAGCAAUCCCAAGUGGCUGAAACAAUUUUGAAAGAAGAAAAAUUCAUAACUCAUACUUCCUGAUUAUAAAGCAUACUACAGAGUCAAAAUUAUCAAAACAGUCUGGCGCUGAAUUAGAAAUAAGCACAUAGACCAAUGGGUUAGAAUUGCAAGUCUAGAAAUAAACCUGCACAUCUAUCAAAUGGUUCUUUGUUUUUCUUUUUCAGUGCUUUAAAUAUAUUAAAAGUUGUGCAGUCAUCACAAAUCAGUUUUCAUCACCUGAUUCUUGAGCAGCAUACUGCAUCCAUUCAGUAAGAGAAAUGAGUAUUUUUGACCAGUGAUCCACGGACAAUUUCGGUUUCCACAUACAGAAUCCAUGCCUCACAACAUAGACAAAAAAAGUUCAAAAUGAAUUACCUAAAACCAUAAAAUUCUUAGGAAAAAAGCAGGCACAGCUGUCAGACCGAGUUUAUGACAAUGGAUUAUCUAAUAAAAACAAACAGAAAAAGGCCAAAUAAAUGGGACCUCAUAAAUUCAAAACUUUUGUUCCCAAAAAAACAACUUAUAGAAAAGGCAAGCUGUUGACUGGGAAAUUAUCUUUGGAAACCUAUCUAACAACAAUCUAAUAACAAAAAAAGUUAAACUUUGAUGAUGACAAAAAAGAUUACUUAAAAAAAGAAAGGGCAAGCUAUUGACUGGGAAUUAUAUUUGGAAACCUAUCUAACAACAAUCUAAUAACAAAAAAGUUAACAAACUUUGAUGAUGACAAAAAGAUAAGUACCCCAAAUCAUUAAAUGGGCAGAGAAUUUAAAUGGAUGUUUCAUUAAAGAGACCGUUCAAGAGGCUAUCAAACACAUGAUCAGAGUCAUUACUCAUCAGAGAUGAUCAACUACCAUGAGACCAUUUUACAUCCACUAGGGUGACUCAGCAGUGAGUGCCCUGGUGUGGCAGUGGAUCUGCUAGCCACAAGGUCAAUGGUUCAAACCCAUCAGUAUCUUCAAGAGAGAGGUCUGUCUGCCCCUGUUAAGAUUUAUAUAUCCUUAGCUAUCUGGAAAAUUUUUCUUGGCCUCUCCAUGAUUUUAUAGUAUAAUACCCCCACUCCUCAUUUAACAUGGUUUGGUUCCAAAGAACAAGUCCUUUUCCCAAAAUUAGCAUUAUGUGAAAAUAGAGGAUGAUCAUACUUUUUUAACUCAGACUAUAUCACUAUAGAACUGCUAAUUUUUUACCAUUGCAUAAAUACCACUUCUCAGAGAAUCAUGGCUGAGCCAAAUUGACACAUAAUAACCAUCACAGCUAGUUUUUUUCCCCCUGUGGUCAUAAAUUUGAAAUGUUGGAUAAUGAGACAGUCAAUUGAGGAGUAGGUAUAUAAAUUUAUAUAAAUUUAAUAACGUAGAUAUAUAUGCUACAUGGGCAUGGGAAGACAUGGGCGUACAUAUACAUAUAUUUAUGGGCAUAUGCAUAUACAUAUUUGUGCUGCAUAUAUAUUCACAUACGUAUCACAUAGGGGACACAGUUAUAGAUACUUUUGAGACAUAUCCAAACACCUCAUGAAUUGCUUUACUUGCUGGAUUUGACACUCAGGGCCAUAGUCUUGUGGCGACAACUAGGUGAAAAGGAAAUACUUUUAGAUUGGCAAUUUGUGUCUAGGGUCUUCAAACCUUUGAGUGACUGGAUCAAAGAUGAGUGAAGGGAACCAAAGAAAAGAAGCAAUUAAUCCACAGGACAGGUGGUGUGCACAAACCAUAGCUUCUAGCCUGAGACCAGAGGAACUAGAUGGUGCCAACCACUCUGACCAGGGACAUAAUACAAGGUCCCAGUUACAAUAGAAGGAAAAAAACCACACGUUUCUUUGAAAAAAGAACAGUCUUAACUGGACAGGUAGGAGACUAGAGGAACUUCCAAGACUAUGCCCCUAAGAUAUUCUCUUACCUACUCCCAAGGUCACCUUUCAGCUAAAUAAUAGAUUGACCUAUAAUGUAAACAGCACCAGUAAGGGAUGUGCUCCUUUAAAAAUUCAUCUGAGACCAAAUCGUUCACCUUUAUCCCAAAGCAAUGAGAAGGCAAGGAGGAGCGGGGAAACUGGAUGCAUGGAAACGGCAGGUGGUGUGGAAAUGUUGGGAGGGCUGACAAUUUCAGGGACUGUACCUAAUAUCACAUGACAAUUUGUGUAUGAAUUGUUGAAUGGGAAUUUACUGUGUAAAGUUUUCACGUAAAGUACAAUAAAAUAUGUCUUUUAAAAUUCAGUCACAUCUUUAAAAAUCUAAUUCUUACAGUUCUAUAGGGAGAGAGUGGUUUUCUCAUCAGUACCUCGGGGCAGAUCCAUAUUCAUUUGCGUGGAAAUAAUUUGUGUAUGUACAUAUGUAUACAUACCUGUAUAUAUAGAAUUAAACUUAAUUGUGAUCAA